AUGAUUGAGACAGGUGAGACAGUUGUUUUAAUAACUUUUUCUAAAUGUUUUUUGUUAAGAUGACGUCAUUGAAAGAAUAAAAAGAUUCAAUAUUUCAUUGGAUCAUCCAUGGCAAGAGUUUUACAAAUGCAACGAUCUUGAAGUUGUAACUGAUUCACGUCAAACAAUUUUCACUUUUGUGACAUUGGAAAAUAUUCAAAAGUUCAGACAAUGUUCUGAAGACAGAGAUUGUUUUGGCCAAGAUGACGGAGUUUUUGCAUUAUAUUCGGUUACUUCAAAAAAAGACAACGGUUUCGAAUGCCGCCCAAUUUUUUAUGAGAUUGUAGCAGAUGAUCGACCUGAUCUUCAAAUAGUUCACAUUGAGGAACAGAACAAUUCAAAAAUCUUCAUUGGAGAUGUCAUCAAGGUUACUGGAAUGUUAAAGUUUUCGAAUAAAUGGUAUGUGUUCCAUUCUACAAUCAUGGAAAGAAAUAUUGCAAAUUCGAAAAUAUUAACACCAUUUACAACUUUUGAAGGAGGAUUCAACUGUGUUACCAAAUCCAUAGAUGAAGUUAUUGAAUUAUAUCCAAAAAUGACACCGGAAGGUACUAAAAUUGAUACAAUUCUUGAGGGGGAUAUUUUUAUUCCAAUUGCUCAACCAGGACAUUAUUUGGGUUCUUUAAUUCAAAAACAUCGGGAUGAAAUUGUUCAAAGAACACUGAAAGUUCCCAAACUUGGGAAAUUACCAAUAUUCGUUUUUCGAGCAUCAAAAGCUUCUGAUGGUAUUAUUGAAAUGUUUGAGAAAAAUAAUAAUGUUUUCAAGUAUAAUACUCGAGAAAAAGGCUAUGAAAAACUGCAAGAAGUUGUGGAACAUGGAUCAUCUGGAAUAUAUACAAUAAAGAAAGAUCAAGUCGAUGAAAAUAUCUACAAAACAAAAAUUGAUAAAAUAUAUAUUGAAUCUUCUUCUGCGAUUGUAACAUUUUCAAUUUCAAAUGAAGCAUCGAUGGAAAAAUGGGAUCGAGCUGUGAAAAUCAGGAUUUUGACGAAAGAAAGAGAAUUUCAGGCAGAUGUUAUGACGGCCCAAAAAACAUCGAAAAUCAAAAUCAAAGCAAAAAUGAGCAGUUUCAAUCGAAGUUUGUCGAAAAAUGUAUCGAUUACAGUAAUACAGAGAGAUGAGAUAACGCCAAGAAGAAUGGCCUAUUCUGAUAUUGAAGAGAAUUCAAAAGCUGAUAAAUUAAUUCAAUCGAUUUAUGGAGGACAAUUAUUAGAACAUCAAGAUAUUCCAGAAAUUUAUCCGAUCAGAAUAAAUGAUUUUGUAUUAUUGGAAACUCAAACAAAAUAUGCACAAUUGAUGGCAAAUGAAAAAACAAUUGCAGUUAUUGGUUCAAGUUCAUUUGGAUGUGGAAAAACUGCAACAAUUGCAGCUACAACAAUAUAUUUAACUGAAAAACAACCGGAUAAAUUCCACGUCAUCAGUGCUGUAACAAAUUGUGCAGUUGUGGCUGUUAUUGAAAAAUUGAAGUCAAUGAAACCCGAUGUGGAAAUUAUUCGACUCAUAUCGAAAAAUAAUAUGAAAGAGAUUCAACCAGAAUUAUUAACAGAUUGCGAUUUUCCAAAAAUGAUGGCUGACUAUUUUAUGAAAAUUGUGAAGAUUGAAGAUGAAAGAGAAUUUCAAAAAAAUAUUGAUGAUAAACUUCUCAAACAGAUCAUUUAUUUUUUGCGUGAACAGAAGUUGCUCCAAAUUACUGAUUUGAAUUCAAUAAGACUGACACGACUUUUCGAAACAUCGUCGAAUUGCAGUUAUUCUCGUCUUGUAUCUUUUUAUUUGGAUAGAGAAACACCAAAAAUAAUUGUGGGAACAGUUGAUUCAGUUAUCAAUUCUUUCUCAAGAACAAUGAAGCGAUAUUCAAGUCGAGUCUCAACUCUACAAAUUGAUGAAGCAUCAAUGUUGUCAAGAGAAAAUCUCAUUCAAAUUGCAGUUUGUCUUCAAAAGUGUACAUAUUCUUUUGUCGGAGAUCAUCGACAACUUGCCCCAUUUUGUGAAAGAACUGCAUCUCCUUUACUUUUGGAAACUGCUGUUGGAAACUUUUUGGAAGAAUUCAAAGAUAUUCUUCCUUCUGUAUUUUUCAAUGGUGUUUUUCGAUGUCGACCAGAAAUAACAAAUAUUCUUGGUAGACUUUUCUAUAAUUCUUCACUCAAAAGUUUACACAGAAUUUCAAAAACAGAAGAAAAGCUAAAAACUAUUCCAAUGCUUCAAAAAUAUCCAAUAUUAUUUGUGAACACCGAACAAACAUCACAUUCUCAAAAUGGAACAUCGUUAAAAAAUACAAAAGAAGCUCAAAUGGCAAUGAAUUUGGUAGAUCAAUUAUUGAAAUAUAUUGAUAAAUCGGAAAUUGCGAUUAUUUGUUUUUAUCGAGGACAAUUGAAUGAAUUUUAUGAAUGGUCGAAAAAAUCAGAAGUUUAUGUUGGAAGUGUUGAUUCUUCACAAGGAAGAGAAUGGGAUAUUUGUAUAAUUUGUACAACAAGAACAACAUCAUUUGAAUCGAGUGAUUUUAUGAUUGAUGAUAAAAGAAUAAAUGUUGCAUUAUCAAGAUGUCGACAUUUAGAUUUUAUAUUUGGUAAUAAACAGAGUAUGAUAAAUGCAAAAAACUGGAACACAAUUUUGGUUGAAUGUUCAUCUUAUGGAACAUUGGUCGAACCAAGAGAUUUUAAUAGUCUUGUGAAAGAAUGUGAGUUUUAUAUUUGUGUCAAUGAAAUAAUUCUUUUUUUCAGAUUCAAUUUCUGAAUGA